AGGGCGCACCAUCGGCUUUUCUGACCCAGGGCACCUGAGAGCAGGAGGGGUUUCUAUUGCUCCCAGAGGACUCAGGGCCUCUGCCGCUGCCUCAGUACAGAGAGCAGAGCUGCAUUUCCAGCAGGUUCUGCCGCCCGCCCCAGGGGAGACGUUGGGAGCUUAGCAGAAACUUAGCAUAUCCUGAGUCAUCAGAGAGAAGCUGCCUUGUUGUACUGAGUCCUGAGGAGGGGGCGCUGGGUGGCUUCCCUGGACAAGCUGGUUGCUGAGCUGCACAGGCCUUUGCAUUUUCUGAGCUGUUCCCGUGUUUCAUUCCUCCCGUUCCCGGACAGUAUUUGAAAAUGACGUAUUUUACUAAAGGACUGGUGGAUUGCGGAGUCCCACGACAUCACCUCAUAGAUGCAGUCGAUGGUUUGUUCCAGAUUCAGGCUUGUUUCCGGGAAGAAACCCUGACAGAAAUUCAGAAGAACGGGAGCUGCAUUCAAUUAGGAUGUGGAUACAUGAAAUGCUCGUCUCAGGACCUUCUAGAAGAAUGAGCUGGGACCCGUGUUCCGAGUCCUGCUGGAACCAGAGAUCGAGGGAGAAAAGUAUAUCAAUGUAUCCAAGAUAUGGGUAAAGAUCAUAUGUGACUGUGAAUGCCCUAAAGGAGAAGAAAAAGUAAGAUUAUUACAACAAAUACACAAAUAAAACCGCAGGUAUUCUGGAGUGGAAAAAGUGAGGGUGGAUGAUUAUAUAAGAGAAGAAAAAUAUGAGAAACCACACAGAAAUAACAGAGUUUAUCCUCCUGGGAUUGUCAGAUGACCCACAGCUUCAGGUGGUGAUCUUUGUCUCUCUGCUCAUCACCUACAUGCUCAGCAUCACUGGCAACCUGACCAUUAUCACCCUUACCCUGCUGGAUUCCCACCUCCAGACCCCCAUGUAUUUCUUCCUCAGAAACUUCUCCUUAUUAGAGGUUUCAUUCACAACUGUCAGCAUACCCAAGUUCCUGGGCACCAUGAUGACUGGAGAUAAAACCAUUUCCUUUAAUGACUGCAUUGCUCAGCUAUUUUUUUACAUUCUCUUGGGAGUCACUGAAUUUUACCUUUUGGCCGCCAUGUCUUAUGACCGUUACAUUGCCAUCUGCAAACCUCUGCAUUACACGACCAUCAUGAAUCACAGAGUCUGCAUACUCCUUGUCUUUGCUUCAUGGCUGGCUUCAUUCUUAAUCAUAUUCCCGUCACUUAUGCUGUUCAUACAACUUGAUUACUGUAAGUCCAAUGUUAUAGACCAUUUUACCUGUGAUUAUUUCCCCUUACUACACCUUUCUUGUUCAGACACAAAAUUCCUAGAGAUUGUGGGUUUUUCCUGCACUGUGUUUACUCUAAUGUUCACUUUGGCGUUAAUAGUUCUGUCCUAUAUAUAUAUCAUCAGAACAAUUUUGAGGAUUCCUUCUGCUAGUCAGAGGACAAAGGCCUUUUCCACCUGUUCUUCUCACAUGAUCGUCAUCUCCAUCUCCUAUGGCAGCUGCAUUUUCAUGUAUAUUAAUCCAUCAGCAAAAGACAGAGUGUCCCUGAGCAAGGGAGUUGCUGUGCUCAACACCUCAGUGGCCCCCAUGCUGAACCCCUUUAUUUACAGCCUAAGGAAUCAGCAAGUCAAGCAAGCCUUCAUGGACAGGGCAAAAAAGAUUGUAUCUUUCUCAAAAAAAAUGAAGAAAUAAAAGUGCUAUUAUAAUUAAAGGCACAUGAUGAGCAAUUAAACAAAAGUGGGGCCCUUCCAAAGUUUAUUAAUAUCUACACAGCCUCAAUGGAGUUAUUUUUUCUUAAUUAAACUUUUAUUGCCAGCAGUUUACUGAGGAGACAUAUAUAUAUAUACGUGUUUUUUCUAUUUAAAUUCCAAUCCAUCUCUCAUGCAUUUCCCUUCCUUUGAGCUAGUCUUCCCACUCUGUAACCAUGAGACUGGCCUCAUUUCUUAUAAAUAUUUUUAAAUACCAAUUCUUUCAAAAUCAUACAUAGAAAAUCAAAGAAAUGCAAAAAGAGACCCAAGAUCAAUGAGUUAAAAUUGUU